CACUAGGCCCCGCCUCCUACGUAACCUCCCCGCCCUCACCCGCGAAGUGCUAGGGCCUCUUGCGCCGUCUUCUCUGCUCGUUCUCGGCUGCUCAGCUGCACCAUGGCGUUCGUGACCAGGCAAUUCGUGCGCUCCAUGUCCUCCUCCUCCGCGGCCGCUGCCGCCAAGAAGAUCCUGAUCAAGCAUGUGACGGUCAUCGGCGGCGGGUUGAUGGGGGCGGGCAUCGCUCAGGUGGCUGCAGCGACUGGCCAUACGGUAGUAUUGGUGGACCAAACAGAGGACAUUCUGGCAAAAUCCAAGAAGGGAAUUGAGGACAGUCUGAAAAGAAUGGCAAAGAAGAAGUUCGCAGAAAACCCUAAGGCUGGCGACGAGUUCAUGGCGAAGACCCUGAGCUGCCUCUCCACCAGCACCGACGCAGCCUCCAGCGUGCACAGCACGGACCUGGUGGUGGAGGCUGUCGUGGAGAAUCUGAAGUUGAAGAAUGAGCUGUUCCAGCGGCUGGACAAGUUCGCUGCCGAACACACCAUCUUUGCCAGCAACACCUCUUCUCUGCAGAUCACAAGCAUGGCCAAUGCCACUACCCGGCAAGACCGAUUUGCUGGCCUCCAUUUCUUCAACCCGGUCCCCAUGAUGAAGCUUGUGGAGGUCAUUAAAACACCGAUGACUAGCCAGAAGACUUUUGAAUCUCUGAUCGACUUUUGUAAAACCAUCGGAAAGCAUCCCGUUUCUUGCAAGGACACUCCUGGAUUUAUCGUGAACCGUCUCUUGGUGCCGUACCUCAUAGAAGCCGUCAGGCUGCACGAGCGAGGUGAUGCAUCUAAGGAGGACAUUGAUACAGCGAUGAAGUUGGGAGCUGGCUACCCCAUGGGGCCAUUUGAACUUCUUGACUACGUUGGCUUAGAUACUACUAAGUUCAUCUUGGAUGGGUGGCAUGAAAUGGACCCGGCAAACCCCCUGUUUCAGCCCAGUUCUUCCAUGAAUAAUCUGGUGGCCCAGAAAAAGCUGGGCAAGAAGAGCGGAGAAGGAUUUUACAAAUACAAGUGAUGCUACAGGAGUCCCUCGGCAGCACCCCCAGCCAGCCACAGGACAAGGACGAGCGCACUCAGGGCGGUGGUCGCAAGGCUCGCCAUGGGCUGCUCAAUGGGCCCUCCCUUGCAAUCUCUUUGAAGUAAUUCUUUGACUUGUUGCAGUAAUGAGAUUCCUCCACUGAGAUCUAAUUCUCUGCUUUAGUCUGUUCGCUUCUGUGUGUUUUUCUGUGCCUUAGAGCGAGCAUCUUUUUUUCUGAACCUUGCCGUUUUUUGUAAAAGCAUUUAAUUAGACUCAUUCACUCAGGUCUUCUACAAGUGAAUAUGCCAUGUUUAUGGGUGUCGAACCCAGGGAAUAAGAGCUAUUGUGCCUACCGGUGCAUCUAAGGGCCUUGCCUGCCUGGGUGCCCUCGCGGUCUGCAGCCUCAAGCCUUAGCCUACAUUCUGGGCGUGGCAGAGCAUGUUCUGCCUUUGUUUACUUCUCAUCUGGACAGGGCUCCUGGAGUGGCGGGCAAGCACACGUGAGCUUGGUGUCCGGGAAGAGGCCCAUCCUCGUGGCCAUUCAAACCUUCCCCAUGGCUAUCCGUCCUUCUUGUUUGCUCAUGAGAAAUCAGUGCUCCCAAGUGCCUAUGAAUCCACUCUACUAAAAUGCGAUCUUUUACUCUGUAAAAAUUGGAAUGGAAAUAAAUAAACCUAUAUAAUUUAAAAAUCA